UCUUAGCGCGAGGACCCAGAUGCUGGAACCCAGAAGGAUGACAGGGUGCCGGAGUCUGUCCUGGCCACUUGUGAGCGAAGGCGGGGAACAUCCUGGACAGGUGUGAAACAGUCAGAGCUGAUCAGAGGAACGCUGCAGAAAACAUCAGUGAGCAUAUGUGCUGUGAAAAAUGGCUGCUGGAAACAAUGCAGAGGAAGUUAAACCUGAGCUCAGACGCAGACAGGAGGCAGAGAGAAGGGCUCCAGCCGCCGCUGGACUCAGGGAUCACUUCCAAUAUAAGCGAGGAACAUUAAUGGACGCACAUGUCAUCGCAGGAUACAGACACAGAGACCCAUUAAACAACAUCCACUCAAAAGAGUUUGUGCAAAAAUACAAGAUGGAGUUGAUCACAAGCGUGGCCGACCCUGAUCCUCUGUUUGAUCUACUCCUCCAUAAGAAAGUUCUCAGUGAUCAUUCCUAUUCUGAAAUCAAAGCUCUGCCUACUGAUGAAAAGAAGAUGAGUAAACUGCUGAUGGGACCGUACCUGGAGGCCAAACCAGCCUGUGACAUCGUCUACGAUUUCCUGAAAAAGGAACAGCCGUAUCUCGUCUUUGAUCUUUUGCAAAAAUAAACAAAGUCUUUCUAGUUUUGAAAGAUGUGGAGGAAAAUUUGUGCCAAAAAAAUGAAAACUAAAGUCACAGUUUUGACCCCAAAAAAACUCCAAACUACUGUUAAAAUGUUAAAGACAUAACUUAGUACAUUCCAAACGAAACAAUGAAAUGUUUGUGAAACUCCAUAUGAGCUUUUAAAUGUCUUUUAAACAAUUUAAAUAAGUGUUUGCAUUUGCAACAUUCAAAAACCUGGAUAAAAUUGUUUCAUUUCUUCCA